AUGCUCACGUUCAUGGCCUCUGACAGCGAGGACGACGCCUGCAACGAGCGGACGUCCCUGAUGUCGGCCGAGAGCCCCGUGCCGCGCUCCUGCCCGGACGGCAGGCAGGGCCCCGAGGACGCAGAGGAUGCCGCCCAGCGGGGAAGCCGGGACCCCGGGGAGGACCAGGAGGAGGACCCUGACCGCUACGUCUGCAGCGGGGUGCCCGGGCGGCUGCCGGGCCUGGAGGAGGAGCUGACCCUCAAGUACGGGGCGAAGCACGUGAUCAUGCUCUUCGUGCCCGUCACUCUGUGCAUGGUCGUGGUGGUGGCCACCAUCAAGUCCGUGCGCUUCUACACGGAGAAGAGCGGGCAGCUCAUCUACACGCCCUUCACCGAAGACACGCCCUCGGUGGGCCAGCGCCUGCUCAACUCCGUGCUCAACACCCUCAUCAUGCUCAGUGUCAUCGUGGUCAUGACCAUCUUCCUGGUCGUGCUCUACAAGUACCGCUGCUACAAGUUCAUCCACGGCUGGCUGAUCAUGUCCUCGCUGAUGCUGCUGUUCCUCUUCACCUACAUCUACCUCGGGGAGGUGCUCAAGACCUACAACGUGGCCAUGGACUACCCCACGCUGCUGCUGGUGGUGUGGAACUUCGGGGCGGUGGGCAUGGUGUGCGUGCACUGGAAGGGCCCGCUGGUGCUGCAGCAGGCCUACCUCAUCAUGGUCAGCGCACUCAUGGCCCUGGUCUUCAUCAAGUACCUGCCCGAGUGGUCCGCCUGGGUCAUCCUGGGCGCCAUCUCCGUGUACGAUCUCAUGGCUGUGCUCUGCCCCAAGGGGCCGCUGCGGAUGCUGGUGGAGACCGCCCAGGAGCGGAACGAGCCCAUAUUUCCUGCCCUGAUUUACUCCUCCGCCAUGGUGUGGACGGUGGGCAUGGCCAAGCUGGACCCCUCCUCUCAGGGGGCCCUUCAGCUCCCGUACGACCCAGAGAUGGAAGAAGACUCCUGUGACAGUUUGGGGGAGCCCUCGUACCCGGAAGUCCUCGCGCCCCCCCUGCCUGGCUCCCCCGGGGAGGAGCUGGAGGAAGAGGAGGAAAGGGGCGUGAAGCUGGGCCUCGGGGACUUCAUCUUCUACAGCGUGCUGGUGGGCAAGGCGGCGGCCACGGGCAGCGGCGACUGGAACACCACGCUGGCCUGCUUCGUGGCCAUCCUCAUCGGCCUGUGCCUGACCCUCCUGCUGCUCGCCGUGUUCAAGAAGGCGCUGCCCGCCCUGCCCAUCUCCAUCGCCUUCGGCCUCAUCUUCUACUUCUCCACCGACAACCUGGUGCGGCCCUUCAUGGACACGCUGGCCUCGCACCAGCUCCACAUCUGA